UGCUGAUGGAGCCGCAUUAUUCAAAGAAGAAGGCGCCGGGGGUAGGGAGGAGUGGGCGGGGUGCGAACACCAGAGUUUGCGGGGCCUCGCCGCUUCCCGGUCAGGCCUAAGAGCAAUGGCUGAAUUCUUGGCCGGACCUGGCGCCGCGCCGCUACCCGUGAUCCAGGGUGCGCUGACCCGCUUCUGCGCUGAACUGGCCGACGGGCACAGGGCAAGGUCCUUGAGGCCGCCUUCUCCGCUUCCUGGGCUUCCCACAUCAGCAAAAAGUUCAUUUUUGUGCAGCUGACAAAUACGGAGCGUCUUUGUGUGAAGGGUCUGGGCAGGCGCUGCGUACUUUUGUGUAGACUGGUUUUAGGCCUGUUUGUGCAGCUUCCAGGAUCCAGGCACUUUUGUAGGGACCACUGCUGCAAAUGAAUCUUGUUCAAAGAACACCAUGGUGUUGGGUCCUGAACAGAAGAUGCCAGAUGAUGAUUCUUCUGAAGGCCAUGGGGACUUUGCCGGUCUUGGUGCCAUCAACCCCGCCUACAGUCACACCUCCCUUCCACAGUCCUCCGGCCACUCAGACGAGCCCUUCACCACCUACUUUGAUGAGAAGAUCGCCAUUCCGGAAGAGGAGUACUCUUGUUUUAGCUUUCGGAAACUCUGGGCUUUCACGGGACCAGGCUUUCUUAUGAGCAUUGCCUACCUGGAUCCAGGAAACAUCGAAUCUGAUUUGCAAUCUGGAGCAGUGGCUGGGUUUAAGCUGCUCUGGGUUCUUCUGUUGGCCACCAUCGUGGGGCUCUUGCUCCAGCGCCUUGCAGCUAGACUGGGAGUGGUCACUGGGCUGCAUCUUGCUGAAGUAUGCCACCGUCAGUAUCCCAAGGUCCCACGAAUUAUCCUCUGGCUGAUGGUGGAGUUGGCUAUCAUUGGCUCAGAUAUGCAGGAAGUUAUUGGCUCAGCCAUUGCUAUCAAUCUCCUGUCUGUAGGAAGGGUUCCUCUGUGGGCUGGAGUUCUUAUCACCAUUGCAGACACCUUUGUAUUUCUCUUUUUGGACAAAUAUGGCUUGCGGAAGCUAGAGGCAUUUUUUGGCUUUCUCAUCACUGUUAUGGCCCUCACAUUUGGAUAUGAGUAUGUUACAGUGAGACCCAGCCAGAGCGAGGUACUCAAGGGUAUGUUCCUGCCAUCCUGUUCAGGCUGUGGCACCCCACAGAUCCAGCAGGCCGUGGGCAUCGUGGGAGCUGUCAUCAUGCCACACAACAUGUACCUGCAUUCUGCCUUAGUCAAGUCCAGACAGGUAAACCGAGCCAAGAAGCAGGAAGUUCGAGAAGCAAAUAAGUACUUUUUCAUUGAAUCCUGCAUUGCUCUCUUCGUUUCCUUCAUCAUCAAUGUCUUUGUAGUCUCUGUCUUUGCCGAAGCAUUUUUUGGGAAAACCAACCAGCAGGUGAUUGAAGUCUGUAGAAAUAGCAGCAGUCCCCAUGCUGGCCUUUUUCCUGAUGACAACUCAACACUGGCUGUGGACAUCUACAAAGGGGGUGUUGUUCUGGGGUGUUAUUUUGGGCCUGCCACACUCUACAUCUGGGCAGUGGGGAUCCUGGCUGCAGGACAGAGCUCCACCAUGACAGGAACCUACUCCGGCCAGUUCGUCAUGGAGGGAUUUCUGAACCUGAGGUGGUCACGCUUCGCCCGAGUGAUUCUGACCCGCUCUAUCGCCAUCAUCCCCACCCUGCUUGUUGCCGUCUUCCAAGAUGUGGAGCAUCUAACGGGGAUGAAUGACUUCCUCAAUGUUCUGCAGAGCUUACAGCUUCCCUUUGCGCUCAUACCCAUCCUCACAUUUACGAGCUUGCGGCCAGUAAUGAGUGAUUUUGCCAAUGGAAUAGGCUGGAAGAUCGCAGGCGGGAUCUUGGUCCUUAUCGUCUGCUCCAUCAACAUGUACUUUGUCGUGGUUUAUGUCCAGGAACUAGGGCACAUGAUAUUGUAUGUGGUGGCUGCUGUGGUCAGUGUGGCUUAUCUGAGCUUUGUGUUCUACUUGCUCUGGCAAUGUUUGAUUGCAUUGGGCAUGUCCUUCCUGGAUUGUGGGCGCACGUAUCAUCUGGGAUUGACAGCUCAGCCUGAACUCUACCUUCUGAACUCCAUGGAUGCUGAUUCACUUGUGUCUAGAUGACUGACAGCCUGACGGACUGUAUAAGAACCACUUUGUUUUAGUCCUUUUGUGCCAAUGUCCUGUUCACAUAGCUCUGUUAAUUCAGAGGUGAGUUUUGUUCAAAUGUUUUGAACAAAAGGCAAAGAUUUCCUCAUGGGAAGGGUGUUAAAAGCUGACAGCUUUAAAUGUAGGUCAAAGACCCACCCAACUCACAAUAGUCCUACAACAGCCAGAGUUAAUUGAUUGGCCUAUGAUGGCCACACACCCCUAUGGGCUUGUGUCUUAACUUCUGGAAUUUUUAAAAAUAUGUACCCUGUUUCCCUGAAAAUAAGGCCUAGCUGGACAAUCAGCUCUAAUGCGUCUUUCGGAGCAAAAAUUAAUAUAAGACCCUGU